AUGGCCGCCCUCGGGAACAGCCUCCACCCAGUUCCGCCACCGCUACGCCUCCCCAACCGCCUCGCCACCGACCGCUUUGAAUGGAUCCUCGAGCACCAGCGUCGCAGCACCGGACGCUUCAGCACCCCGAUAUCGUACCAGCCGCACAUCCGCGCCGCGUCCGCGCACGUCCUCACGAACCUCGUGUCACCAUGGGACCCGCGCGAGCGGUGCGAGAUCAUGGUGAUGAAGGACGUGGUCGCGACGGUCGGCGACUACCGCCACUACGGCCACGGCGUCUUCAUCUUCGAAGAGACGGCCUGCAUCGGCGAGAGACCUAACGAAAACGGUCAGCAAGGCCCCGGCAGCACCGCCCCGGUGACGUACCAGAACGUACCCAUCCCCGCCCCCGGCAGCGCGGUGAGUAUCCCUGUAGUGAGCUCAGUAGUCGUACCCCGCCCCCCGACCCCGCGCCCAACACAUGCACUCCCCCACCCGUACAGCGUCGCCCCGUACACCCUACCGCCCCGCCCCGAGAUGAGCCCCUUCCCGAACACAAUCCCGCUCUCAACCACCCGCUCCAGCAUGCCAAACAGCGUCUUGAUGAACAUGCUGAGCCGCCGCGUCAUCGAGCACGAGACCGCCGCCACCCGUGCGCGCGAGCGCGAACUCGCGCUCGAGCUCGAGCUCGUAUACGCUAGAAGGGAGGAAGAGAGGGAGCGCCGCAAGCGCCCCC